UCCUGCCAUGGGAUACCCGCCCCCGGACCUGCCCAUCGCUAUUCCAAAUUUUGAUUAUCGCUUCGUACUAGACUACUAGUAAUCUUUUAGUUUUUCUUUCCAAUAGUAAUUGACAACCAUAAGUGUUACCUUUAUAUGUUAAUUCACAAAUGAGAUGUUUGUAUAAAAAGUUAUGUAAUAAAUUUACUGACGCAUUAAUUCCUUUUCAUUUUUCUUUUAUAAUUCUGCAUUAAACGUAAAGCUCAUCUUCUUCCUUCCACUCCACAGUCUCUCUCUCUCUCUCUCUCUCUCUCACAGUGAUGCCAUUCCCCACUCCCCUUUUUCUCCUCCUCCUCCUCCAAACCUCAUCUCCGCCACAUCCGCUUCCUCCCCUCCGCCGCCGCCUCUAGCAUUUCCCCUUCCCCUUUUCGCCGGAACCCAUGUCGUCGUCUUCCCCAAUCGUCUACUCCUUCUCCCUCCUCCUCUCCCUCGCCCUCAUCUUCAUCUUCGCACCCGAAAUCCUCCCUUCCCAAAACCCUUUCUUCUCCCCUCACGACGACCACGACGAUCUCGCACUCUUCAACAAAGCCCUCCGCUCCGCCUCCUCCGUCCACGGCCGCGGCCGCGGCCACCGCCGCCUCCGAAUCUCCCGCCUCGCCACCAAAAACCCUACCCCCAAAAUCGCCUUCCUCUUCCUCACGAACUCCAAUCUCACCUUCGCCCCUCUCUGGGACCGCUUCCUCCGCGGCCACUCCCACCUCUACAACAUCUACGUCCACGCCGAUCCUUUCUCCGACGUCCAGAUCCUCCCUCCACCCUUCGAAUCUCACCUCAUCCCCAGCAAGAAGACAGAGCGGGCUUCCCCUUCCCUAAUCGCCGCCGAGCGGCGGCUCCUCGCCAGGGCGAUUCUCGACGACCCUUUCAAUCUCUAUUUCGCCCUAAUCUCCCAGCACUGCGUCCCUCUCCACUCGUUCCCCUUCCUCUACCGCUCGUUAUUAGGGGAAAACCCACUCAGGGCUUUCACCUCCCAGCCUCGGCACCGGAGCUUCAUCGAGAUCCUCUCCGACGACCCCAACCUCCCCGAGCGGUACGCCGCAAGGGGGGACGGCGUGAUGCUGCCGGAGGUUCCGUUCGAGGAUUUCCGGGUCGGGUCGCAGUUCUUCGUGCUCGCCAAGCGGCACGCGCUGCUGGUGCUGGCGGACAGGAAGCUGUGGAGGAAGUUUAGGCUCAAGUGCCUGAAUCUGGACUCCUGUUACCCGGAGGAGCACUACUUCCCGACGCUUCUGUCCAUGGCGGAUCCCGAAGGGUGCAGCCGCUUCACCCUGACGAAUGUGAACUGGACGGGGAGCUUCGACGGGCACCCGUAUACCUACGAGGCGGCCGAGAUCUCGGCGGGGUUGGUUCGGAGGUUGAGGCGGUCCAAUUCCAGCUACCCUUAUUUUUUCGCUCGGAAGUUUUCGCCGGAAUGCCUGCCUCCGCUGAUGGAUAUUGCCGAGGACGUUAUUUUCCGGGACUGAGUGCAUCAGCAAAUGGGGUAAGUAAUUCAAAUUAAACUGAAUUUUUCUUAUUUAUUUAUUAUCUGAUAAAUUCUUUGAUGAUUUCUUUAAUCUGUGUAUAUUAUUCCACUCCAUUAACAAUUUGCCAAUGAAAAUUAGCCGAGUUAGAAUGACCUAGCUAGGCUGAGUUCGACUCAGGAUUCGAAUCGCCGAUUCUGUCGUCCGUUUGUGGGCAAUGAGCAUUAAUUUUGAUGGGGGAGGGAGAAAGAUAAGAACUUUGAGGCGUUGAGUCUUGAAAUCAGGAUUUUCGGGCCUGAAAGUUUGGCGUCGAUUAAAUUUGUAUCGGUUCGAUUUAUUAUAUGGCUGAUAAUAAUGCAUAAUUAUGAAAUUUAAGUGGUGGAUUUGGUAUUCAUUAAAUCGAGUAGUUAAUUAGAUAACAAAUGCUCCUCAAUAAUGGUGUGCUAAAGUCCAGGGAGAGACGUUCUAAGUUCUAAUGAGAUUUGUUGAGAGGGGUUUUAGGGUAAAAUCUUAGAUCUUUACAAAAAUUUGGGUCUUCCCCUUGACAUUGAAUUAAAUUAAAUACAUGAAAAAGGAAUAUUGUUUGCUUGUUUGAUUCCUUUUUGGUAAUGUACCAAGGUGUUGUGGUUUGUAUAUGUGAUGAAUGACGAAUAGGAAUGAAACCAGAAGAAGCGAAAAGAAAAGGGUCGAUCGAAAAGACGUGAUAGUAAGGACAACUUGUAGUUUCUCUCUUCCAAAUAUUAACGAAUUUGUAGUCCAGCGGUACCUUAUCAAUGGAGGAUAGUGCUCGAGUCGAGUGUUCUAGUCCUAACGACUCGCUUACAAACACUCGCAAGUUGAACUCGGGCCCGGGUGGGUUUUAGGUUUGGUGUCGGAGUCGGACUAGUUUUAAGUUGAACGCCACCAGAUGCAAAUUGUAUGGAGGAAAGGAGUAGAUAUAGCGUGCAUUGUGAUGUGAUGAUAUAUAUUUUCGAAUAUGAAAGAAGGAGAAAUGGUGGUGGGUGUAUACCAUGAUAUCACUAUAUAGUUGUCUUUAUCGGCUGUAUCUGACUUUGAGUGCGUGUCUCUGUAGUUGAAUAGAAGUAGCAGAAGAGAAGUGGGGAAAUUGGGGUGAGGUUAGUCAACUAACAAGACAACAUAUUGUUUGUUAUUAUCCAUUGCUUGUGAGAGAACCCAAUCUUAUCUGGUUCUUGUAACUAUGUUGGUCUGACGACGAAUGGCUUGAUGUUCCAAGCAAAGCUAGGAAUAGGAAGCAAAACCACGCUAACGAAAUCAGGAAGUGGGUUUCAUUUUCAUUCUGAGCUGUGUUACUUUUCUAUUUAGGGGGUAUCUGAAUGACCAUCACUAGAGUUCAAGCAACCUAUAUAAUAAUAUGGUAACAUGAAUCGAAGGCUCUACAGUCUACUCAAAGAAUAUAUAUAGUGUUGGUCCUUCUUUGGCGUGAUGCCUUUCUUUAUCUUCUUUAGACUUUAGAGAGAAAAUAGAAGAGGGUAGAGAGAGAGAGAGAGAGAGAGAGAGAGAGAGAGAGAGAGAGAGAGAAGAGAGUGAUGGAUGGUGAUCUCUGAUCUCUCUGUGUUUGUGGGGUUGCCCUUUUGACUACCUACCAAUACUUAACUUAAACAAAAGUGAAAGAUUCCCUAAUCUUUGCUUUUGGUAGGAGGGAGGCACCAUUCUUUCGGUGCUUAAUUAUAUCUUUGAUAUCAUGUGGUUUUUCUGCUUUUCCUCAAUGCAUCAUAUCAUAAGAAUGCUACCAAAAGUGCAAUGGAGGUUUAGUCGUAGCCAUUAUCUGAUUUGAUCUAAUCAGUAUGUUAAUAAUUUAUCUGUCUUUGUUACUUGUGGUGUAGGGAGUCGUAGCCAUUAUAGUUAGCAGGUGGGUUUGGUGUUGGCGGCAACAGAGCAGAGUAUGAGAGCUGAGUAAGGAAUCUCUGCUCUCUUGGUCUGGCGUUUUCCUUUUGUUAUCUGCUUACUACUGCUGCUGCAACUAGUAGUUUUGCGUUGCUGUGGAGUGUGAAGGAGGAGCAGUCAGCAGAGAAAGAAGAGCAGAGUUUUUUGGUUUUGAGAAGAGGGUUCCUCCCCCUCUUUCUCUCUUCCAGCCAUUGUAGAGUAGAAUUAUGAAUGGGGCUUUAAAGAAAGUUCACAUUCUAUGUACUUUUUCUGUAUAUCAGAGGUGGAACCCAAAAAAAAAAAAAAGAGCAGGGGGAAACUAGUUUGUCAAUGAUGAUGUUGUAUAUAAUGCCCAGUCCACCAGCUAAAGUGGCUAAGGUGGGCCUGCAACUUGUAUUGUUUGUUGGUAAUGGAGAAUGCCUCAUUCUCAGUAUUAUGUAUUUGCUUUGUGGGUUUUCCUUUACUUGAGGGAUCCUUUGUUGGAUGUUAAAGACACAACAGACUCUGCUAGGGGAUGUCAAUUAAGCUUUUGUACAGAUGAAUCAGAAUUUAGAACAUGCACCUCUCAGAAGAUUGAAGGUCUUGUUUUGUUUUGCCAUCUCAGAAAUGAUGAAGAUGUAUGUUUAUGUUUAUGUUUAUGUCUAGCCUGCUGCAAAAUCCCCUAUAUAUGAACUAUUUGAUUUAGUAAUAACAAAGAAACUUCAUUUUC